AUGGCUCAAGCGAGAAGAGAUAAGAAUCUGCGCAGUCUGCAGCACUGGAUAUGCAAGGCGCUGGUCGUGCUUGGAGCCCUCGCCGGAAAGCUGGGCCGGUGCAGCUCGUUUCCCUCGGUGAGCGUGCAGGUGGUGACCUUGAAUCGCCCCCAGCUGCUGCUGGAGGCACUGCAUCAGGUGGAGGCCCAGGACUACGAGGGGCCGCUGGAGGUUCUCAUCAUGGACGACAGUGAGCAGAGCAAUUCACAACAAGUCGAACAAUUUGCAUCUACAUCGUACCUGGGAUGA